CGCUGACGUUUCGUUUUCGCUUGUUUGAGUUUGACACUUAGAAAUUUUUGUUUGGUUGCUUGACGGCCGGACUCAGCGAAAAAUUUGAUUACUCAUUUUGUACGAAAACCUGUGACAUUUUUCAUUAAUUCGAAUUAUUCUAAAAGAAAUCUCUUCAAGAUGUUUCUUACACGUUCUGAGUACGAUCGUGGUGUGAACACAUUCAGCCCUGAAGGAAGGCUGUUCCAAGUGGAAUAUGCCAUUGAAGCGAUCAAACUUGGUUCGACGGCGAUCGGCAUCUGUACGUCAGAGGGUGUAGUUUUGGCUGUAGAAAAGAGGAUUACUUCGCCGCUGAUGGAGCCUACUACCAUUGAAAAGAUUGUGGAGGUGGACAGACACAUUGCUUGCGCUGUAUCUGGAUUGAUGGCUGAUUCUAGAACUCUAGUGGAGCGCGCCCGUGUGGAGUGUCAGAACCACUGGUUUGUGUACAAUGAGCGCAUGAGUGUGGAGUCUUGUGCUCAGGCUGUGUCCAACUUGGCCAUCCAGUUUGGAGACAGUGAUGAUGACAGUGGAACUGCCAUGUCCAGGCCUUUUGGUGUUGCCGUUAUGUUUGCAGGUAUUGAUGAGAAAGGACCUCAGCUGUUCCACAUGGAUCCCAGUGGUACAUUUGUGCAGUACGAUGCUAAGGCUAUUGGCUCUGGUAGUGAAGGCGCUCAGCAGAGCUUGAAGGAAGUAUACCACAAAUCCAUGACUCUCAAGGAAGCUAUCAAGUCAGCGCUCACGAUCCUCAAGCAGGUGAUGGAGGAGAAGCUUUCAGAGAACAAUGUGGAGGUGGUGACCAUGACUCCUGGAUCCAUGUUCCACAUGUUCACUCGGGAACAGCUGGCCGAGGUUAUCAAAGACAUACCUUGAGUAUUUGUAGUAAUUAGCCGUUUAUAUGUGUAACUAAAUCAAGUUGUAGCUUUUUAAAAGCUGUUUAUGGCUGAAAUUAAUAACGGGCCUGAAUCCAAAAUUUUUCUCUCAAAAAUCUAGAGAUUUUGGAUUUAGUUCUGUUAGUAAUUUUGGCUGUUUAGUUAGUGAUAUAGUUACAUAUGUAGACGCGUAUCAGUUGCUUGAAUGUAAAUUGAAAAGUAAUAUUUGAAGUAAAUUGUAUUUAUUUAUAAAGCAGUUGUAGUAUUUUGUGUAUAAAUUAACUUUGAACCUCUUCUAUAGCCAAAUAGGGUCUACUUUGAAAUAAAAUUGAAGUUUAGUGACAUUCCAUUAUAUUUCUAUCAUUGAAAUACUUUUCUUUGGCAUUUAAUUUGUGGUAUAAUGGAAAAAGGAUAAUGUUUGCUUUCAUUGUGGACCUUUUUAAAAAGUAAAGUUGUAGAUACAGAUAGUAAAAUAUUAAUAUCUAUUUAAUUGAGCGGUAUUUUGUCACAGAUUCUACAGUUUGAGAUAAAAACUUUAAAUCAGUAUGUAGUAUAUUAUGUAAUUUGUUACAAAAUGUAUUUAUUUCUAUGUAAAAUCUAUAUAAUUUAUUUCAAAUGUAACUGCGGUGGCCGGAGAUUUUUUGAAUCUUACAGUAAGUAAAUCAAUAAAAACAUCAAUUUUUAAA